CGAUACAAAUACGAACAUCUAUACAUAUGCCAAAGUAACUACAGAUUCAGCGUCUUAAAAAUAAAAUAAUCUGACUAAUUUUCAAAGAGAUUCGAUUCAAGUAUACGAUGUGGCUUGCCCAGUGAACGAUGUAGAUAAUUUGUACGUGGCAAGUAACGUCAUAAGUACAAUCAAACAGCAACUAAGGAUAAACCAUAAGUAUUUUACCUCUCUAUUAAUUUUUUAGGGAGUAGUGUACCACAUCACAAGGUAUGAAAGCAUUGCAUCACCAUCCAAACUACGUCUAACCAAUUUAGGAAGAUACCACUUUUUUUCUAAAAAACUCAUCUCGAUUUCUUUUCAUUUUAUCUCUUCUUCUAGAAUAUCUUGUUGAAGUAACUUGUUUAGCUUUUAAUUCCAUGGUGAAUAAACUAUUAGUUGUGGGUACGGCACAUGGCGAAUUGAAUUUGUACACAACUAGAAGAGUUAGUACAAACAGUGUAGUAUCACUUAUUAAUUAGACAAAAACAAGAAAAAACGAAACAUCAUUUUUUUACAGAUGAACUAAGUUUAUCUCGGCCACUGGCAUUUAGUGACCAACAAGCAAUUGUUGGAUGUGCGUGGAGUAUGACAAGACCAAGUGUAUUUUUUGCAAACGAUGCUGGUGGUACGAUUAAAUGUUGGGAUUUAUCAAUGGAUGAAGUACAGCCAGUUAACAGCGUAACUAUUCCCAAUUUAACUCAUUUCAUUCUCUCAAGCAGUAACAUAUAUGAAACAUCAUUUGCUAUCGUUGUUCGAACAUCGAAGUCAUCAAAACAAAAAACAACAAUCCCCAAAUCUACGAAUAUUGAAGUUCAUCAUUUAAGAAAAGAUUUGGCUACUCGUUCAGAAAAAUGUUCAGAUAAAUUUAGAAAAAUAUUAAAAGAUAUAUUGACAGAUGCUUGA